AUGGUUUGUCGAGCAUCCAUGAAAGAAGAAAAACCGCGUAGAGGGCCAUGGCUGGAGGAGGAGGAUGAGCGACUAACCACCUUUGUAAACCUUUUAGGUGAACGAAGAUGGGAUUCAAUAGCGAGAGCAUCAGGUCUAAAGAGAAGCGGGAAGAGUUGCAGGUUGAGAUGGCUGAACUAUCUUCGUCCUAAUCUUAAACAUGGGGAUAUUAGUGAGGAAGAAGAGCAGAUCAUUAUCCAGCUUCAUCAGCAAUGGGGAAAUAAGUGGGCAAAAAUUGCUCGAAGAUUGCCGGGAAGAACAGACAAUGAGAUCAAGAAUUACUGGAGAACUCAUUUGAGAAAGAAAUUACAAGUUGAAGAACAAGUACACUUCCAGGCUGGAAGAAACAACGGCAAGCAAGAGUUCUUGUAUGAAAGGGAUGAUGGUAGCAUCUCAAUAUGUCAAAGUCAAGACUUGAGGCCAGCUGAGGAUACUUGGGAAUCCCAAAACAUUAACUAUCCUAACGAUGGGAUUGGAAACUAUUCCUUUUCGAGUUCGCCAUGCGAAACAUGGAUAUCAGAUUGGAUAUCGGAGCUGUCAAGUGAUCAAAGCCUAGUAAAAUAUCAUCAAGAUUAUAGCAUUUACAGUCCAGGAUGGAUUUCUGAGGAGAGUAAUAUAUGGGAUUAUUCAGGCCCUCUCUGGAACAUGAACUGA